CCGGACGAAGCUUACGCGUGGAACGGAACAUUCGAAUUUCAAAACGCGACGCGAUUUUUAAAAACUGACAGUUCUAUUUUCUUCGUAUUUUAAUUUCUGCUAUAGCCAGCCAGAUGUUUUGAGAAUAUUUAAGUUUGGUUUUAAAUAGUUUGCAGUUUAAGUUCGGAAACUUUUUGUGGUGGACUUUUUAGAGCUGAGUUUAAGCUCAGUGUAAAAACUGUAAAAUUGCAUUUUUCUUGUAAGAAUCCUUUUGUGAUAUAAAACUGUUCUCAGAUUUAUAAUGAACUAAGUUGUUCCAGAAUUCAGUGCACCGGAACUAGAUUCUGUAUUGAAAUGCCGCAUACAGGGCAAGCCGGCGUCAACCAGCUAGGGGGGGUAUUCGUAAACGGCCGCCCUCUGCCCGAUGUCGUGCGCAAGAGAAUUGUCGAACUGGCCAUCAUGGGGGUCCGGCCGUGCGACAUAAGUCGACAGCUACUGGUGUCACAUGGCUGCGUGUCCAAGAUACUGACCAGGUUUUAUGAGACUGGGUCCAUUCGCCCGGGCUCUAUCGGAGGCAGCAAAACUAAGCAAGUGGCAACUCCAACAGUCGUGAAGAAGAUCCUGCGACUGAAACAAGAGAACCCGGGCAUGUUUGCGUGGGAGAUCAGGGAGCGACUGCUCAGCGCGAGGGUCUGUGAGCCGCACUCCAUCCCGUCUGUGUCGUCGGUCAACCGUAUUCUGAGGAACAGCGGCCUGGCGUGGAGCGAGGAUGAGGGACCAAGGAGUGCGCAUGAACCGUACCCCCCGCCUGAGCUGCCAACCAACGUCAUGGACUACAUGUCUCUAAAGUCCCCGAUGCCGCCGACGUUGCCACAGCAAAACAACCCUUACUUCGCACACUCAGGGGUCAGAGUCCCACCGCCGACCUCCUCCGACCCUCAACACCUCUACGACAGGCGCCUGGCCACCUCCUGGCUCUUAGCCAAUCAGGUGCAAGCUCAGGGUCUACUGAAGCCAUACCCCGUGUCUCCAUGGCAGAGAAUAAUGAUGCCCUACCACGACGCUAAAUUCUCCCCAUACGCUCUUACACUUCACAGUGACUUACUCAACAGAAUACAACCGGAAGACGUCAAAUCUGAACAUUCAGAACACAUUUCAGUUGAGGCCAGCGAUGACAGUACAGACAGACCGGAAACAGACGACACAGAACGCAAAACGCCGCUAGAAAAAGAAAAAAAGAAAAACCCAUACUCCAUAGAGGAGCUCCUGAAAAAACCGGACAAAAUCGUGCCAUCCAGUCCGGUUGCGUUCCAAAACUUCCUUCGGCAACCCAGCGGGUCUAUGGUCGAUUACCAGAGACAAGGUAAAGACAGCAAUAGAAGUUCACCAGCCAGUUACUGCUCGGGGCAAAGCGUCUCGAAUGAUGGGUUUGUAGAGUCAGCCACCUCGGAAAUCAAGGCUGGAAACUAGUCACACCUGAAAGAUAUGAAAAUUAACAUUUAUAGAUAUAAAAAGAGCAACUUAAACCUAAAAAGCCGUAUUUAAUUACCUAUUUAGAACGCCAUACAGGUAGUUAAGAAAAUCAGGGAUGAAUAAGUGUAUUUACUUACAUGUAUUUAGAAAGUAGUUAUUAACAUACGGUUUAAAUUCACACUAUAUCCAUAAGUAGGUAUUUAAUUGGCCACAGCCUUUAUCCAUAGGUAUUUCAUUGGCCACAGCUGCAUAUACCUUAACCCCUGAAAACGCCAGUCUAGUACUUUUGUAAUAAUAUGUAGGUACCUAUUAUGUAUGUACCUACCUAUUCAUUUUGAGUUUGAUAUCCAUUAUUGUUACUUUAUGUGUCGAAUAGUUAUUAGUAGAAGCGGACCUGUACAUUAUUUAAAUGUAAAUAAUCUAAAGUAGAUAUUAAAACAUUUGUAUAAAUAUUUUCUUAGUAAACAGCUUUUUAGGUAAGUAGAUGUAAUAAAAUGUGUAAUAUAUAACUCUGUGAUACCGUCAAAAUAUUCUCCUGAAAAUAUACGUUUCUUCAAUAAUGUUUCAUUAUCAUUAGUUAUUGAAUAGAUUAAGUGAAGCUUCAUUCUUUCAACUAAGAAAA